ACAGUGCCUGAUAUAAUAGGCCCCUGGUAGCCUUCCCUUGUAUAGGUAAGCUAGGAGAUUAUGAUGCUCUCUUGAUUAUAUGCUCUGACUCUCAACAACUAGGAAGCUGAUAUACCUUAAGUUUGGCUGGCUUUUAAGAAAAAUGAGAGAGAGAAUGGAAGGAUUUAUGGUUCUGCCAUUCUCUUUUGGGUGUGCUUCUCAUUCAAGUGUUGAGUUAGGCGGACCUAAGGCAGAUUCAAAAGGCUCCACUGUUACUAGAAGAGAAGCAGGAGAAGGAAGAGGAGAGAGUUCAUCAAAAUCAGCCAAAAUGAUCAUAAAGACAAACAAGUCAUCUUCUGGGCUUCUUCAUACACUGUCCAAGCCUAACAUUGUCGGUGGCAUACAGCACCUGAUCAGAGGCAUCAAGAAUUUAUCUCAAUUCUUAUUCUAUAAAGAAGAAACAAAGGAGAUGGAAGCUGAGAUGGAAAUUGGAUAUCCAACAGAUGUGAAGCACUUGACACACAUAGGUCUCGAUGGGUCUACCACUACCACCACACCUAAUGACAAGGCCUGGGACAAUCUCAAGCCCCCUCCUGAACUUCUGUCUCUCUCUUCCAUCUCUUUCAAGCACUUUGAGAUUGCCAUGGCUGCCCAAGCUCACCACCCUCUCUUGAAUGAUCCCUCCUCCAGAUUUGGUUAACACCCUACAAUUCCUUCUUGUUUUUUUUUUUUUUUGUUUGGGCUCUACUUGUAGAUUAUGAUGGUGAAAGUUGGUGUUUGAUGGCCAUGUGUCUGAACGCUGAAGAGUUUACCUACAAGUUACGCAAGAUGAUAUUCUACAUU